UUUACCAACUCCCCUCUCUCUUUCUCUCUCUCUCCAUCACCCUUCUGCAAAACUCCUAGAAAAUCAUCAAACUUGCACAAAUUUUGUAAGUAAUCCAGAGAGAUAUGGGAGAAGAAGAACCAAACAAGGUUGAAUCUGAAUUAUCUUCAGUGGCCACAGCACAUCUUAAAUCCAAAGAGGAACCUGCUGAAGAAAAGACACCAAACCAUGAACCAGAUGAGAAAGCUUUUGUUCCAAUUUCAGAAAAGGAAUUCUCUCCCUCCAAACCACCUCCAAUUCAUGAAAAUGCUGCCUUUGCAAAGGUCGAACAAGAGAAAAAAAUGGCUCUGAUUAAAGCCUGGGAAGACAAUGAAAAAAUUAGAGCAGACAGCAAAGCAUAUAAAAAGGUUUGUGCCAUUGGAGAAUGGGAGAACACUAAAAGAGCAUCUGUAGAAGCUCAGCUGGUGCAGAUUGAGGAAAAAUUUGAAAAGAAGAAAGCAGAAUAUGCAGAGAAGAUGAAGAAUAAGAUGGCUGGAAUCCACAAGGCAGCAGCAGAGAAAAGGGUUAUGAUUGAAGCCAAACGGGGUGAAGAUAUUCUCAAGGUAGGUGAAACAGCUGCAAAAUUCCGGGCAACUGGCAAUAUACCAAUGAAGUUAUUUGGAUGCUUUAGAGGCUGAUUUUUACUCUGGAAAAUGAAAAAAAAUAAAAAAUUAAUGGGUUUUUUGACACAGUUUGCCUUAAUUUUUCUCAGGCUUGAUUGAUUCAUUGUGUUAGGUAAUAUUGGGGAACUGGUAUUUGCAUGUUUCUUUUUGGUAUGUAUAGUGUGGUGCCUUUAUAUGUGUAUAAUCAAAACAGUGUCC